UUCAUAAUCGGGAUGCCAUUUGUUGCGAUAUUUCUUAUCUACAAGUAUAGAAGAAGGCACAUAGCAAUGGACAAGAACAUUGAAGAAUUCUUGCAGGCUCAUAACAACUUUUUGCCCAUAAGGUACUCUUACUCAAAUAUCAAGAAGAUCACCAAAAUUUUAAGCACAAAUUAGGUGAAGGGGUUAUGGUUCUGUAUACAAAGGAACACUCAAAAGCGGCAAUGAGGUAGCCAUCAAGAUUUUAAAGCAAUCUAAGGCCCAUGGCCAAGAUUUUAUUAGUGAAGUAGCUACUAUUGGAAGAAUUCACCAUGUUAAUAUAGUGCAACUCAUCGGUUUUUGCUUUGAAGGCUCGAAACAGGCUCUCGUGUAUGACUUCAUGUCAAAUGGAUCUUUGGAUAAGCAUAUUUUCGCAAAAGAAGGUGAUAAGUUUCUUGAUUACAAGAAAAUAUAUGAGAUCGCUCUUGGGGUGGCAACGGGAAUUGCAUAUUUACAUCGAGGGUGUGACAAGCAAAUACUCCACUUUGAUAUCAAGCCUCACAACAUUCUUUUAAACAAGAAUUUCACUCCAAAAGUUUCUGAUUUUGGACUCGCGAAACUUUAUCCCAUUGAUCAUAGCAUAGUCUCAAUGACUGCUGCAAGAGGAACUUUGGGAUAUAUGGCACCUGAGUUGUUCUACAAAAACCUUGGGGGUGUUUCUUAUAAAGCGGAUGUCUAUAGCUUCGGGAUGUUGCUAAUGGAAAUGGCAGGUAGAAGGAAAAAUGUAAAUGCAAAUGCGGAACACUCAAGCCAAAUUUAUUUUCCGCUGUGGGUGUAUGACCACAUCAAUAAAGGAGAAAGUGUUGAAAUGGACGAAGUUAUAGAAGAGGAAAGGGAGGUGAUAAAGAAGAUGAUAAUAGUUGCACUUUGGUGUGUACAAUUAAACCCUGACCAUCGGCCUCCAAUGAACAAAGUCUUAGAAAUGCUUGAAAGAGAUAUUGGUAAUAUUCAAAUGCCUGCAAAACCGCUUAUUUAUCCACCAGGUGAGCUAGUCAACGAUCAUAAAAUUGAAAUGGAAUUAGAAACAUUUCCAACUUCAUCAAGCGCUCUCACAAUUUCCACUAGUUUUCCAUUUGGAGAUAGUAGUGGUGUCUAGAACCUUGCUCAGUUUAAUUGGAAAAGCUUUGCUCCCCACAACGUAGUAUUAUUUGGGAGGGAGGCUAGCUAGUUUCGUUUGCCAGUGAUUACAUUUUGUCUUCUUCUAGCUCUUAGGUUACUGUUGCGUUAUUGUACUUUUCUUUUUUGGCUCGAAGUGUUAUUGUACUUCAUUUAUAGUUUCACAAUG